AUGGCGUAUGGGAAACAAUCUCCUCUGGAAAACCAUCGCCGCCAGACGAAGUCCUUAUUAAUAUAUUAUCAUGCCGCGUUCAGCAGCUUAAGACGGCACACAGAUCUCAACGGCCUUAAGCCGUCACUUGCAUGUAAAAUUUUGGACUCAAUGAUUUCACCAAUUUUACCCUACAACAGUGAAGUUUGGGGUGCUUUUGUUAAAUCAGAUUUUAAGUCCUGGGACAGUUCUGUAAGAAAACCUAUUUACAACUCUGUAAACGCUCUGAUUUACAAGUACACACUGGCAAGGCUUCCAACAUUGCAUGUAGAGCUGAACUCGGUAAAUUCCCCAAGAUCAUUGAUAUAA